CAAACAUCCUUCUUUGCCCGGCUACGAGAGGUAUUUGUGGUUGGCCCAUAAUCGUUCUCUUCGUACCGGUGACAUACACAGAGUCUCCCAUAUGAUUCCCUGCGAAGUACUGCUGUAGAGUACAUAACAUCAUAAUCGACUACCUACUCUACCUACUCGACAGUCAUACCAUACAUAACCCCUCACAACCCCCCCGAAGUGCGACAAAAUUCUCGACUACAGUCUUUCUAGACGUUUAAUCUCUGCUUUCUCCUCUUCCUCCACCAUUUCCUCCACUCUCGUCGUCGCUUCCUUCUAUACACCUUCGAGAAUCAGCGUCGAGUGGGGACUGUUGGGAAAUUACCCUUCAUAGUCGGAUAUUAUUGUUCGUGGCAAGUGACUUAGACCGAAGCUUGCCAAGCACCACCGGACAGGGCGAACUCCACGCCAAGCAGCGAUCACUCCGGCAGGGUGAGAGACAGCACCUCUGUGCAACCGAACCUCAACCUCCCCAACGGCCAACACAAACUUCAUACUCCAUACCGUCAGUUUCAAAUCACCGCCUCGCUUCUACCGGAAAUAUAUGCGCGUCUAAAGAGACAUGGCCUCUUCGUAAGGGCGUGCCUCCUGCAGCAAGCUGGACAUUCGAAUCCCCGUUAUACCACAACAACAUCUGCGAUCCAACGACGUCAGCGGGACUUAUUGUCCCUUUUUCAACAAACACGAUAGCAAAGCGAGAGGUCCAUAGCAGCAUUCAGCAUGGAUCCGCUCAAUAACCUUGUCAAGUCGAUACCCGACUGGCAGGUUCUCCUCGAUGACCUCAAUGGCAAGAUAGCAAGGCGACAGGGCGAACUGGCCGAGGCCGAGAGCAGCAGACCCUCGACGCGCUCAUUACGGAAUAAGGGUUCUGCGGAGUCCCUACGCCCGAAAGACGACAACGAUGUCAUACCAGAGGAUAUCGAGAUUGCCAUGGAUUCUACUACUGAUACCCCCAAUACAAAUAAUGAUACCGCAAUCCCUACAAUCACCCUACCCGCCAACGGCAAGGCACUAUCACCACCGAAAGUCGACAACUCCCCACGAACUCCCCAACGCGACACACCUAAUCGCCUCCGCGGGGCCUUCGCAAAGGGUCUCCCCGCACUCACACCACCCGUCCUCCGCAAGCGCAAGACCGAGUCUCUAGCCUCCGCUGAAUCAGGGAAGCCGAAACACAGGACGCGCUCCAUGAUAAUCGUCUACUACGACUCGGCAGUGCAGAGCGACUUUGAGGCCCUCGUCAAGCACAUCAGCGCCUCUCGCAACUCCAUGCGCAAGGGUAAGAUGGCCGCACGGAUGGCGAGCAUGCGCAUGAUGGCUGAUCUGGAGUCAUUGGGCGAUGAGCUGGAGCCGGAGUUGAAGGUGGAUGAUACCCCAGCGGCUGCUGUGGGGGCCAUUGCAAAUGGCUCUACUAGUAGCCCGAAUGCGAUGAUAGCUUCUGUUUCACCCGGUGACGAUGAUGACGAGGGGCUGCCGUUGCCGGCGUUGAAUUUCGUAUCAACACGUCGCAUGGGGCCGAUGAGGGAAUUGUCGUCUAACAGAGCUCUUCGUGCGGGACCAGGGGCGCCAGGCGUGAGACGCGCCGGGCAAGGCCCUCCUGGUGGCGGAGCAUCCUCAAGGAUAUCUGCGUUGGGCUCGAGUAUAUUCGACGAGCUGGACAGUGGACUUGAGUGGUGCCAGAGCAUGUGCGAGCAUGCUGCCCACCAGUUCCUGCGUGAUGGACAGUGCACCUCGGAGAUCGAAGGGAUCAAAUCACGACUGCAAGAGGUGUGGGAUAGGGCUGAAGAAGAAAUUAAGGCAGAAGGGAAGGGAGCGGAAGUUGGUACGGACAAGGACCCGAGCAAGACGACGGACCGGAAAGCUGACUAUGUCAGAGCGGGUGAUAAAGAUGGAGCUACUGCCCCUACUUCCACCGCUACAUUGAAGCCGGAACCCCAGUUGCCACGGACUUUAAAGCAGAUCCAGAUCAGGAAGGAAGCAGAGAAGAUGUUUGAGAAACCGGAAAAGCCAGCACAAAAGCCGGCUCAAAAGUCAUUAGAAAAACCCACGGAAAACUCGCCUAAGGGGCUGGAAGUGAAAUCCCUGGAAAAAGAUGGCGGAUCGGCCAUCGAAGUCGACGAUGUUCUAGAAGUAGACGACGAUGCGAUGGAAGCAGAUGAGGUGGAUGAGGAUGCCUACAGGAAAGAGUACGCCGCCAUUAUUGCGCGGAACUCGAACUAUCGACGACGUCCAAACGUCCGUUGAAGCUCCAAUUUCAGCCAACAAGGCUUAUGAAUUGAGCAAUGGGGGGCAAGAUAUUUUGCGAUGAUCGUUAGAAUUGGAUCGAAUCUUGCCCCUUUCACGAGAGAGAGCGAGUUAGCGAGCGAUUUUUGUUGCAUGGGAGAGCGUGGCAUUGUUUUUUUGGGCAUCCGGCGUCCCGUAUAUUUACGUGAGGCAUUAUCAUAUUUAUAGUGAUUGAUCACUUGGAGUUCAAGGAGGCUGAGGUGGAGCGCUCAUCUUUAUUGGGCCAGAGAGAGAGACAGGAUUACCAUCCAUAGAUUUAGUAACUUCACAAACAACCAUACGAACCGUU